AUGAGGAUACACCAACGAACUCACACUGGGGAGAAACCAUUUAAAUGCAUUGAAUGUGGAAAGAGCUUCAGUCAAAGUGGAAACCUUCGAAAACACCAACAAACUCAUACGGGGGAGAAACCAUUUAAAUGCAUUGAAUGUGGAAAGAGCUUCAGUCAAAGUGGAAACCUUAGAAAACACCAACAAACUCACACAAGGGAGAAACCAUUUAAAUGCAUUGAAUGUGGAAAGAGCUUCAUUGAGAGUGGAACACUUAGAAGACAUCAACGAACUCACACAGGGGAGAAACCAUUUAAAUGCACUGAAUGUGGAAAGAGCUUCAGUGAAAGUAGAAACCGUAGAAUACAUCAACGAACUCACAUGGGGGAGAAACCAUUUAAAUGUAUGGAGUGUGGAAAGAGCUUCAGAUGGAGUAGAGGCCUUAAUAUUUAUAAGCAAAUUCACCCAGGUGAAAAGCCGUAUAAGUGUAUUCAGUGUUCCACUCAAGGUUCACUCUUUACUUCACAUAAAGAAACUCAUUAAGGCGGAAAUGAAUUUUAAAUGCAUGGAACCCGUGUGAUGUUCUGGUGGUUGGUAUUUAAAUUUGUAUACACAUAUAUAUGUGUUAAAGUAAUAAAGGUCAGAUAUACUAAAUGUACAAAAGAAGGUGCUAGUUGUUGUUAGAUAAACAGGGAGAGUGUGAAUCCGGAAUGCUCAAGGUGUGUGGUUAAUCUGUUGAGUUUUGACCUCCGCCCUUCACUGCCAAAAUGAUGGGCUGCCCUUGUCUUGUGGAUUAGCAUCUGUCAGGCUUCAGGGAAUUGGCUUCCUUCCCCCUUGGCCGUAGAUAAGCAGAACAAAGGAAAAGGAGUCUUCUUACCAGUUAGAAACUUUAAUGAUCCCAGCAAGCGAAUUCUAUGGAGCCAUCUGUGAAUUCAUUGGGAAGAACAAAGAAACAAUUUAAAUGCAGGGAAUGUGGAGUGUGCUUUAGUCACUGUGGAAGAAUACACCAACAAACUCACACAAAAGAGAAACCAUUUGAAUACAUGGAGUGUGGAAAGAGCUACUGUUGUAGUCGAACACUUGGAAUACAGCAACGAAAUCAAACGAGGGAGAAACAGUUUAAAUGUAUUGAAUGUGGAAAGAGUUUCAGUGAGAAUGGAGCCCUUAGAAUACAUGAACGAAGUCACAUGGGGGAGAAACCUUUUAAAUGUACUGAAUGUGGAUAGAGCUUCAGUGAAAGUGGAACACUUAGAAGACAUCAACAAACUCACACAGGGGAGAAACCAUUUAAAUGUAUGGAGUGUGGAAAGAGCUUCAGACAGUGUGGAGACCUUAAUAUUCAUGAGCGAAUUCACACAGGUGAAAAGCCAUAA